UCCCCUAGUCUGGCGGCCAUAGCUUCAUUAAUUUGAUUUCAGUCAGGCUAAGAAGACCGACUCUAGACGAACAUUAGCCCGAACUAAAAUAUUACCUUAUCAUAAAUGGCAAAUUAUCAUGUCGGUUUGGAUUCGGUUUGAUUGGUGACCGAUCAAACUGGAGUCUUAAAAACGAACUUCACAUUGCCUGCCUUGUUAUGCGUGUGGAUUGGUUUAUUAUAGCGGUUGCUGAGUAACAUCUGACCCUGACAUUAUAUUAUCGUUCUUAACUACGAUUUAGCUUCCAUCUACCGGUACGUUUGAAUCACUCGAAACUAACUCAACUACUUACUGAACCUGAUGCGUUAUACACCAUACUAUCGACCUUCAAGCUUUUCGAAUCGGUGUAUCUUUUCCUAGGGAACUUUUUUCUCUUCAUCAGGUCUCACUUUUGCUUCAUGAGCGUCAUUGGUGCUUAUGGAUGUUCUAAUAUUGGAUCUAAUAUUUUUCCACCCUUAUCGUUCAUUUCUGACAGUUGGAAAUGGUGUGUGCCUCAGGAAUGCAUCACAUUUGAACAUCGCCGUGAGGCAGCUCAUAUAAUUUGAUUUGGAUAGAGAACCGCACAUCUUCACCAAGUGUUCACUUCAGAUUUCACUCAUUACAAGAAAAUAAGUUCAGCGUGUUCUCAAAGGCCACUCGACGCGGGUGUUGGUAUUGUUCAAAAUCUCACGAUGGAUCUUCGUUAUAUAAUGUUGGUCAAGGAAACACGCACGUACCUCAACACGCCUAUAACUGUACUUUAACACCACGUUUAUAUUACAUCCACCCUUUAGGAGUAAUCGGGGUUUUUCUUACCUUGAACAUUUUCAGCUUGUUGCUUUCUUUCUAUAUAUGAUAUACAUUAUUGUGACAAAAUUACUUCAUGAUGAAUCGUUAUAACCUGACAAAAGAAUUCCUAAAGUAAUGUUAUCCCAUAACUGAUAAUAAUAUACACAGAAGUGUAUCUCUUUACGAUUUACCCUACUCUCUACAAGGAUCAGUUGUUUCUGGACGUUCAAAGGACGUUGCUGUAGACUCUGGAAUUGCCACAUGCCCAAAUUGCAUAUCCGACAAUGAUGGAUUCUUACAAUCUUACCACAGAUAUACCUGAAGUACAACAGGAUAUAUCCUAUGUUCGCUAUGUGUUGGUCGGUGUCUUCUUUCUGCCGUGUGCCAUUGUAAUUUUUGUCGGAAACACUUUUGUCCUGUUGGCGUACAAGAGGGACAAACGGAUCCGGAAAAAUACAACCAACGCCUAUAUUCUCAACCUUGCUGUGGCCGACCUUCUUGUGAGUGUUGUCAUGGCCAUUUAUGUUCCAUUAUAUUUUACAGGCACUUGGAAGUUUGGCGGUGCAUUUUGUGUCGUCUUGUGUGUACUGGACUACACAGCGACGGACAUGUCUGUAAUGACGAUCAUCGCCAUCAGCGUCGACAGGUACGUUAUGGUGCAAAAUUCCCUACGACACCGAUCGAGACAAUCACACAAGAAGGUAGCCAUCAUUUGCAGUAUCAUCUGGAUAACCUGUCUAGCUACCCAUUCGACUCUAGCCUUCACCUACUCCUCAAGGACAGGAUUCCUGCAUGAUGAGGACAGAAUUGCCGCAUGUGAUCUCGGAUAUGGAAAGAAUCUCGUUGUUCUUGUUAUGACGUUCUUGGUGGAGUUCCUGGUACCUGCUUUAUGUGUCUUCGCCCUGAAUCUCACAGUGUAUUUUCGUUUGAAGAGACGUACCAUCAUACUCCAAACCAGGCAAGGUCGAUGCCACCUAUCAUCAGCAGUUCCUCUUGAUUAUAGAGCGUCCCCGACAACCUCUUUGGAAAACGAUGACAUGCGGAUUCAUAGAAGCGCUUCAGGUUCUCAACACCAAAAAGCGGCAAGGUUCUUGGCAUUGCUCCUGUGUGUCUUUAUACUAUGCUGGUUGCCCUACUAUAUCAACGAAUGCUAUGCAUUUUUCUAUUCCUCAAGCGUCCAUACGGAAGCGCUUACCGACCUAGUGUCAUACAUUAUGGCAUACAUUAUGUGGAUAAAUUCUGCAAUAAAUCCAAUCCUGUACGCUUUCACCAACGUCUUCUUCAAGGAGAAUUUCAAGCGGUUCUUAAGAUGCAAGUGAAGACCCCUUUGAAGACAGGAAAGAUUGAUGAAAGAAGACUCUCUGUUCAGACAAAGAUACAGAGAGCAUUGGUUUCUCCAUUAUAAAAGUAUUAACUUACACUUUACUUUGUCUAAGAGUGUAAUUUUUGUAUAUACAUUGUUUUUAUUGUACAGGGAUAGCAGUUUAUAAACUGAGGAGACAACCUGGCUGAAAUAGAACUGUAAAUAAAUGAAUUAAUAAAUAUCUAUUACAUUAAAAAGAUAAUGGUAUUGGUUCUUACGAAAUCGAAAAAUAACGACGAAUACACACGUACUACAUAUUUUCGUCCAAUUUAGGAUCUCUGUUCAUUCUUGCGAGUAAUUCUAAAUGCUUACCGUCAUAAACUUAAUUAUUCACCGCUGUUCUCCGAAUACUAAAUUAUUCCAUAUUGAUCAUUGAUUGGUUUACGAGUUAACGGACGGAUGAGGGGCAAUCGUUUUCGUAGGUUUAUAUUUCCGGGAAUGUUUACU